AUGUGGACGUCUCUAGCAGCUCAUAUUCCAACCAACGAGGCCAUGAAUAUUGUUAUUGAUACUACACCCCUUCGCUGGCUCUAUCGGCUUCUCAUCAAGGGAAGCGACGCCCGCCAACCCAACGAGAAAGAACCACCAAAACUAUUCCUCGACGAGAUCGAACUCUCACUGGAAGACUUCGAGCAACGCUGGAGCACGCCCGCCUCCCACCAACUAGACACCAGCCCCGAACCAGAAAUAGUCUCUAAGAUGACAGAAGCCCUCGCUCACGGUACACUCAAAGAAACGGCGCGGAUAUUCCAUCAAACGUGCCCUGGUGACUGGACUCUGGACAUGAAUGUGGCAUUCAGUGCCACUUUGCGGUCGUACUACGAGCAUGGCGAAGGCAAAGCGCAGGCCUCGAUGCUCGCGGCGACAAUACGCUUUCGAUGGGAAAUGGGACUUCUCACAGAUUACCUUGUCAGCUUGUUUGAUCUCCCGAUGCCUUGCAAUGAGAUUUGCAUUCUUUGGUGUCAAUUUGCUUGGCAAGAUGACAUGAAUAUGACUGAUUCUGCUUGGAAGGUGCGUUGGGACAAAAUCGAGAAUGCCCUUGGCAAGUCUUUUGAUGUGCUUCCUCGUGAGGACCAAGGUCCGCUGUUCUAUCGCCCGCGGUGGUACUUGACAGCUGCUCUUGUUGAAGCUGAUAGGUCUGAGGAUGAUAUUCUGUCUAUUGUUGCUGCUGUGGGUCAGUUUACGGAAAUUUUGAAGGAGUUUCACUACGAGUGUUAUGUGUAUUAG